AUGGGUCUCAACACGCCCAUGCCGCAACACCUCCGCGAGGAGUGCCGCAAGGCGGCAAAGAUCGUGCAGAAGUUCGUGGAUGUGAACAACAACGGCUUGGAUAAAGUCAUUCCUCGAUCCGUCCUGGAACGCGCACACGGCUUCGCCAUCUUCACCGUUGCCAAGGCCGGCUUCGUCUUCAGCGCUCGCGCAGGCAGCGGCCUGGUCAUUGCCCGUCUGGAGGAUGGAUCGUGGUCCCCACCCUCUGCCAUCGCCAUCGGCGGUCUCGGAGUAGGCGGCCAGAUUGGCGCCGAGGUCACGGACUUUCUUGUGGUGCUCAACUCUCGUGCAGCCGUGGCAUCGUUCAUGGCCGCAGGAUCGUUUACGCUCGGCGGCAACCUGUCCGUGGCCGUAGGACCCCUCGGUCGUAAUGCCGAGGGUACUGGCGCGCUCAACACCAAGGGCCAGCUGGCGGCCAUGUACUCGUACUCCAAGACCAAGGGCCUGUUUGGCGGUAUGUCAGUCGAGGGGUCUGUCAUCGCCGAACGCGGCGAUGCCAACCGUAUUGCGUACGGCGACAACCUCACCGCCAAGCAGAUCCUGACCGGCACAUUCGACCCGCCAGACUGGGCGUAUCACCUCAUCGACGUUCUGGACGGUGCGACGAGCCUCCCCGGAGGCCAGACUUGGGUCGAGGACGAGGACAUGGGUGCCAUGGGCCGUACCCCACAGCGCAAGGGCGCCAAAGCCGGUAGCGGAUACGCAUUCGGUGAAGGUCUUGGUGCCGGCGGCUCGAGGCCCGCGAAUCGCAAGCGCUCCUCGUCGUUGUGGAGCAUCGGGUCGUCGAAGAGCAGGGGUAAUGACAGUGACCGUAACGUGGCCGUGUUUGACCCAAACCCGACCUCGACACCUAGCAGUAACGUGGCCCCCCGCGAACGCAUCUCACCAGACGGCACGCCGACGGACCGCGCACCCCCUGCACGCCCAUGGGAACGCCGAUCCAGCACACUCAUCCCAAGCAUGAACUUUGGCAAGGCCAAGGGCGACCGCCGUGCCGGUCCCUCGAGCGAGACGUACAACGCCAACGGCGGUCCCGCGGCCGCUCCCGCCCGGCCUCGAGCGAGCUCCAACCCCCGGCGUCCUUACGAGGUGAAGGCGACACCGUCGCCCUUCAGCUCGGAGUUUGGGUCCCGUGGCGCCACCCCGACCUCACGGUCCGCUGUCACGUCGCCCACAGACAGUCCCAUCGAGUCGCCCAGAGUCCCCCAGAGCCAAGAUUUGCUCGACUUUGGCAACGGCGGCAGCGCCAAUGGCUCCUCUCCCAACCGAGCCAGCUCGCUGUCGUACGGCGGCUCGAGCCUCGGUGCGCGUAAGGGCAGCGGUGUAGAUGACUCGGACCUCCUCGGCACGUGGAACGCCAAUGACAAGGGCCUCACGGCCAGCUUUGCGCGUCUCUCUGCUGGCGUUCGUAGCAGGAGCGGCAGCCUGGGAAGCAACGGGACCCCCAACCGUUCGCGUCGGGGAAGUGGUACCAUCCUACCGUUCGAUGACAUUGCCGAGGAUACGGCUCUCGAGCGUGCCUACCAGAAUGCCCACCCGGGUCAGAAUGGCAAGGAGCGCAGCAAAGUGAGCUUGCGCGAAAGCACGUCGGUAUUGGCUGGCCGCGACUGGACACGCGAUCUUGUGGUCAGCGCGGACACGACGGGUAACAGUAACGGUGGGCGUAAAGCGCGUCCGUUUAGCACAUAUGCUGCUCCAAGUGCCGACUGGAGCGAAGCCGAGUUUUCCUCGACAUCCCCGCGGAAGAAUGGCUACGGAAAUGGCCAUGCGAACGGCAACGGGUCCCACAGCUCGCGCCACGGGUCGUACAGUAACGGCAACGGCCACGCCGACGUGCACGGCCGUCGUUCGUCGUCCAACUCAUACUCCAACUCGCGCUCUCGCUCCCGCGACGACUCGGACGAUGAGAGGCAAGGGUAUGACUUUGAUGACUCGUCCUAUCCCUUUGACGACUACGCCCCGCGCCACACCACGGGUCCCAAGCCCGUCCUUGCUCGCAAGGCCGGCCUGGACGACAAGGACGGGUACGCGCGCGCCGUCGCCCUGUUCGAUUUCUCGGCUGCCGAGUCUGGCGACCUGGGCUUCAAAAAGGGUCAAGUGGUCGUCGUCCUCGACUCUGCGGGUGCAGGCGGCGACUGGUGGCGAGGCAAGCUGGCCACGUCGACAAACGAGGGGAUUUUCCCAUCCAACUACGUCGAGGUGCUCAACAUCCCGCAGGACCUGCGGGGUGGCUUGACAAAGGGUCAGCUCAAGACGCGUGUGCACCAGCUCGACUUUGAUUAG